UUGAAACAAAAAAGUUUCUCUAAAACGAACAUAUAAAAUUGUGAAAUGAUUUUUAUAUGGUUGGGUAAAUUUUACAGCUAGCAGAAUAUAAACUAGAUAAAAGAAAAUUUUAUAAUAUUUUAUAUACUAUUUAAUUUAUUAUAAAAACAACAAUGAAAAAAAAAACUGUGUCAUGUAGUGAGAAAAAUACAGUAAAUGUAAUAUUUUAAUUAAAAAGACUUUAUAAGAUAAAUGCAAACACUGACGUUUACAUAACUACUAGCUAACAAAUUUUUGUAUUUUUUAUAGUAAUUUAAUUUUUGUUGGUUGUUCUAUUACGGUCAAUCCAUGUUCCACUUCUAUUAAGAAUGAUAUAAUUUUUCUUUUUUAAACUACUGACAAAUACUGCAUUAAGUUUUUCUUAAGAGGAGUACUAAUUAAAGUAUAUACAAAACGGAAGUAUAAACGCAAACAUAAAUAAACAAUUGGAGUUAUGCUUACUUUGCCUGCACUUUCCUCUACAUUUUCCAACGAACAAAUCAGUUGAUUCGUUACUUGGUAUCUGGAAAAAACUCACCUGUUUCAUUAUAAAAACAAAAUGAGAGGAGACUGGCAGAACGUGAACACGAAUAGCUUAGUUUAAUGUUUUUAAUUACUCGAUACGUCUCUUAAAUUCUAGUGCCGACUAAUUUAAUUUUAACUGCACACUGGUUUUGUAGAAAAAAGAGUGCGUAUUAUUCAAAGGUUUGAUGAUUUACUAUACAGUUUAUUGUAAAUUCUAGUACCUUAUUGAAUUGUUUAGCUUACAGCACUGCAGUUUGAUAAAGGAAUCUGACAAAUCAACUUAAUUAAUUUAGUAAAAGAUAUUUUUAACAGAGAGAAUUUACGUGUGGGAGAAGGGGACACAAGGAAGUAGUUCACGCGGUUUUAAAAGCCCAUUAAAGACAGAGAUGCACCAGCUGUUUUCUCCUCUUGAUAAUAAACAUGACUUCAGCUACUUUGACGUUCAAGAUUCUUAAUUUUGUUUAUAAAUUUAUAAUUUAUUAUCAUGUGAUUUUCUAGCAUCUUAUUUAUCGAAAUAAUUAGGUUUAUAACUUUGUAUUUUGUUUGUACUUGGAAAAUCACAUGCUCUUAGCUCCGAGAAGUUGCCUCUCAAAAUAGAAUCCAAUGUAUCUAGCUCCUAUUAUGUUUUGCAAAAUUAUCUGUCGUUUCUUGAAAUAGAUAAUUAGUUUUGUUUAUAUUGAGUGUUGAUUUUGUGUAAUUUUGUUUUACAGUGUUCGCAAAUUUGACAUAUAGUCAGACUGAGAAGUAGUAACUUAAUUAGUGGUAAACAAUAGCGUAACUAGAGAAUUUUAAUGGUCAAUCAAUAAAUAAAUAUGCAUUACUGAAAAAUGAGAUUCUCAUAAUAGUGAUAUGUGAUUGGGUGUUGCAUAUGGGAUUCUGAUUUAGGUUAAAUCCUUCUAUUAAAUAAAUUGUAAAACACCUGUCUAUCACUAUUAUUUAAAGAAAAAGUACUCAUUUCUACGUGUGUGCAGUGUGCCCCAUGCUACUUUCUUUGACUAUGUUCAUAGUAUAUUUUAUUAUUCUCUUAUUACUAGUUUUGUUCUUCAUAUAUAUAUCAUCUAUAAAUAGAGACGAACUAUUCUUCUCUCCCAACUUCCUCCUCAAUUUACAAUACCCUUUAAGUUAGUAACUUACUAUCAAUGGUGAAAGCUCUUCAAAAUAGGACAAAGCGAAUGUCUUCUCCAUCAUCAUCUUCAUCUUCAUUAUCAACAUCAUCAUCCAUAAGCAAGAGUAACCUGGCCAAGAAGUACAAAGGAGUGAGAAUGAGAAGUUGGGGUUCAUGGGUUUCAGAGAUCAGAGCUCCUAAUCAAAAGACAAGGAUUUGGCUCGGUUCUUACUCAACCGCUGAAGCCGCUGCUCGAGCCUACGAUGCUGCGCUUCUCUGUCUCAAAGGAUCUUCGGCUAGUAAUCUCAACUUCCCAGAGAUCUCAUCCUCUCUCUACAAUACCAACAAUGGUGACAACAAAAACAAUAUUAACAUGUCUCCUAAGUACAUACAGAGAGUGGCUGCUGCUGCAGCUAACGCAGAUCCUUCUUCCUCAUCUGUCUCUACUUCAUCUCCGUUGCUUUCUUCAUCUCCAUCUGAAGAUCUCUAUGAUGUCGUCUCCAUGUCUCAGUAUGACCAACAAGUAGUCUCCUUGUCUGAAUCAUCAUGGUACAACUGCUUUGAUGGUGAUGAUCAGUUCAUGUUGCCGUAUUUGACAACACCACUUGCUGAUGAUUUCUUUGAGGAAGGAGAUAUCAGAUUAUGGAAUUUUUGUUGAUUCUUCUUUAACUAUAUGAUCAUACCUUAUUUUUCUACAGUCAUCAAAAACGAAAGAUUAUUUGUUUCAAUAUAUAUCAGUUAUGUAACUGAUACAUUGUGUUAUAUCAUUUUUUUUCUUUAUCGAUUCUCACUCCUGAAUAUGUGCUUUACGAUGAAAAUAUAUGUGGAGAUCAUUGUACCAAAAUAAAAGUUAGUUUUAAAAGUAUAUAGCAGUGAUUAAGUAGAA